CUUUCUCAUCUCCAUCUCUCUCUCUCUCUCUCACACUAGCUAGCUCUUCCUUUUCUUCUCUCUAAAAUGCUAGUGGGUUGUGCUUAAACUUGUUUUGGUGGGUGAACAUGUUAGCAGCUUACCCAAAAUUCAAGGGUAAAAACUGAGCAAGAGUGAGAGAGAGAGGGAUGGAGAAAGAGGGUAACCAGGAUCAAACCCCAUCUCUCCUCUCUAACAAUUUGGAGUCUCCAAGAUCAAAGCCUUUGAUUGGUAGUGACAGGCUGAAGAGAGAUGAGUGGAGUGAAGGAGCUGUGUCUAGUCUUCUGGAGGCUUAUGAGGCCAAAUGGGUCCUCAGAAACAGAGCCAAACUCAAAGGCCAUGACUGGGAAGAUGUUGCCCGACAUGUCUCGUCGCGUGGGGGCUGCUCCAAGUCGCCCAAGACUCAGACGCAGUGCAAGAACAAGAUCGAGUCCAUGAAGAAACGCUACCGCUCUGAGUCGGCCACCGCUGAUGGCUCAUCUUGGCCUCUUUAUCCACGACUUGAUCUUUUGCUGCGUGGCAGCGGACCACCUCCACCCACAGCAGCAGCAGCAACUGUUGUAGCAGCUGUAGCUCCACCAGCGCCUCCGCAUCAACCACCGCUAGUGACUCAUCAGAGCAACCACGCCCUGAUGCUAUUGGAGCCAUCAGUGCCGGUGUCACCGCCGACUCAACCGGCGCUUCCACCGCCACCUCCUCCGCAUUUAGGAACUGCACAGAAUUCAUUCGGGUCUGAUGGUGUUGAUAGGGAUGCCAAGGAAGAAGAAGCGGGGAUGAAAUUAUCAGACCAUGCAUCGGACAAGAACCCAUUGGAGAUAGACAGUAGCACACCAGCCCUUUAUAGUGAUAAGGAGAAGUUAAGGUCCAAGAGAAUGAAGAGGAAAAUCGAGAAGAAGACACGAAGAAGAAGGGAGGAAUUAGAGAUAGCCGAGAGUAUAAGAUGGUUAGCUGAGGUUGUGGUAAGAUCUGAGCAAUCAAGAAUGGACACAAUGAGAGAGAUAGAGAGGAUGAGAGUUGAAGCAGAGGCAAAGAGAGGAGAGAUGGAUCUGAAGCGAACAGAAAUUAUUGCCAAUACACAGUUGGAGAUUGCAAGGAUCUUUGCUGCUGGUGCCGGCAAAGGCGUUGAUUCUUCAUUAAGAAUUGGAAGAAGUUAAGGAACAAAUGAUCAUGCUUCUGAGUAUGCAAUAUCUCUCUAUAUAUGUAUAGAUUUAAAUGUAGUAUAUAUGUAACACUAAGAAGAAGAAAGGAGAGAACCUUUGGAUGAUAAGGUGAGGAAGAGUGGACUAAUUAACAUGUAAGAUAUAAGUAGUUAUUGUAGGUAUAAUAACACAUCUACCUCAUUCUAAU